AUGAGCGAAUUAGCCUGUGGAUCAACUGUGAGCAAGUUUGAAACAGGACAAGAAGAUGAAGAAUAUUGGUUCGAUGAAAACGAUGAGCAACAGCUUGAUGAAAUGGCUACUUGGCAUGCAGAAAUGAUGGCUCUACCUGAGCAUCUUCGAGUUGGGUGGGAAACCCUUGAAGUUAAUACUGAGACAGAUGUAUCAUUUUUGGACGAAUCUGUCAAUACAGAAGAAUCAUCAUGUAGUAAACGAAAACAAGACGCAUGUAUUACACCAUCGGUUGUGUCACAAAAGACCCACCGUGGCCAUCCGAAUUCAUCUGUGGCGUGUUCAAAAUCAACAAAUAAUGUGCACAAUGACCAAAGCAAAGAAUAG